GGGCAGGCGGAGAUGCAGUCAGUCGCUGUGAGAGCCAUACACCCUCCUCAUACAUACCAAACACCCACCCACCCACCCACACACACACCUCCCACACGGUCCGCCCUUUUCCCAUUCCGGCGCACAGCGGGCAGUCGGACCGGAUGAGUUACCCGGCGGACACGAUAGGGAGUCCCUUCAGGAGAGUUAUGGAUACGAGGUCGAUCGGCUACGGCUACGGCCGCACCGGCAGCAGCAGCCCCUCCAGCGGCUUCCGCUCCCAGUCCUGGUCCCGGGCAAGUCCCGGCUCCACCGUGACCGCGUCCUACAAGAGGAGCGUGAACAUGCCGGUGUCCCGCGCAUACGGCUCGGUGGCGCUCGGCUCCGCCGACGGCGGUGAUUACAACCAGAGCUCCGUGCUGAACGGAGACUACAAGCGGUCGAACGAGAAGGAGCAACUCCAGGGGCUCAACGACCGCUUCGUCGUCUACAUCGACAAGGUGCAUUACCUGGAGCAGCAGAACAAGCAGAUCGAGGACGAGAUCCAGGCGCUGCGGCAGAAGCAGGUGUCCCGCUCCCAGCUGGGGGACCUCUACGACCAGGAGCUGCAGGAGCUGCGCUCCAUGCUGGAGCAGAUCCACCACGACAAGACGCAGAUCCAGCUCGACACCGACCACAUCGAGGAGGACAUCCAGCGGCUCAGGGACCGCUUCGACGAGGAGGCGCGCAUCCGCGAGGAGACCGAGGCCAUCAUCCGCGUCCUGAGGAAGGACAUGGGCGACUCGGAGCUGGUGAAGUCCGAGAUGGAGAAGAAAGUUCAGUCGCUGCAGGACGAGAUCGCCUUCAUCCGCAACAACCACGAGGAGGAGGUGAGCGACCUCAUCGCCCAGAUCCAGGCGUCCCAGGUGACCGUGGAGAGGAAGGACCUGCAGAAGACGGACAUCACCGAGGCGCUGCGGGAGAUCCGCUGCGAGCUGGAGGGCCACUCCAGCCAGAACCUGCAGCAGGUGGAGAACUGGUUCAUGUGCCGCUACUCCAAACUCACCGAGGCCGCGGAGCACAACAAGGACGCCAUCAAGUCCGCCCGCGACGAGAUCAGCGACUACCGCCGCCAGCUGCAGUCCAAGACGGUGGAGCUGGAGUCCGUCCGCGGGACAAGGGAGUCACUGGAGAGGCAGCUGAACGACAUCGAGGACCGCCACAACAGCGACCUGGCCAGUCUGCAGGAGACAAUUCACCAGCUGGAUAAUGAGCUCAAGAGCACCAAGUGGGAGAUGGCUCGUCACCUGCGCGAGUACCAGGACCUCCUCAAUGUCAAGAUGGCCUUGGACAUUGAGAUUGCUGCAUACAGGAAACUCCUAGAGGGCGAGGAGACCCAUUUCAGUACUUUCCCUUAUCGCCAGACAGUCACCUCCCACAAAAUCUCCAAGCCCAAAUCAGAAACUCCCAAGCUUAAGGUGCAGCACAAGUUUGUGGAGGAGAUCAUCGAGGAGACGAGGGUGGAGGACGAAAAGUCCGACAUUGACGAGUCCCUGGCAGAGAUUGCACAAGAGCUGUCUGCCACGCUGGGAGAGGGCGGAGAUGAGGAAGAGGAAGAGGAGAAAGAGGGUGAUGAAGCAGAGGCUGAGGGGGAAGAGGGAGCAGGAGAGGAGGAAGUUGUAAGCGCCACUGAAGCCAAAGUAAGCGCUAGUGCACCCACCGAGGGGGAAGAGGAAGAGGAAGAGGAUGAGGGAAAAGGCGGGGAUGAGGAUGAAGAGGGGGAGGGAGAAGGUGGCGAGGAGGAAGAUAAAGAAGAAGAAGGUGAAGGGGAGGGAGAGGAUGAUGGAGAAAAGGGGGAUGAUGCAGAGGCAGGUCACGAGGUAGAAGGAGAAGAGGGAGGAGAGGAAGAGGAGCAAGUUGAGGAGACAGUUUUGUGCUCCAAAGCUCCAGAGUCUAAAGCAUCUCCCGACAAAGAGAAGGCUGGAGACAAGGAGAGCAGCGGAGGAGAGGAAGAAGCAGCAGAGGAACCUGGUGCUAAGGAGGAGGGUGGUGAUGAAGAUGAAGAUGCCAGCACUGAUAAAGCAUCCAAAAGUGGAGAUGAUAAAGAGGAAAAGGAGGAUGUAGACAAAGGCAAAAAGGAAGACGCGAAGAAGGUAAAAGAUGAGAAGGCAGAUGACAAGUCAGAAAAAGAGGUAGAGGCCAAGGCAGAAGCUCCGAAAACAGAAGCUGCAAAGCCUGAAGUCAAGAAAGAAGAGGCUGCCAAGACACAGGCAACGAAACCUGUAUCCUUAAAACCUGCAUCCCCCAAGUCUGAAUCACCCAAAUCUGAGUCUCCUAAAUCUGAAUCUCCAAAGCCUGCAUCUCCUAAAUCUGAAUCUCCCAAGCCUGGAUCUCCAAAGCCUGGAUCUCCUAAGGCUGAGUCUCCUAAGGCUGAGUCUCCUAAGUCUGAGUCUCCAAAGCCUGGAUCUCCUAAGGCUGAGUCUCCUAAGUCUGAGUCUCCAAAGGCUGAGUCUCCUAAGGCAGGCUCUCCAAAGGCUGAGUCUCCAAAGGCAGGCUCUCCAAAGGCUGAGUCUCCCAAACCCAGUUCCCCAAAAGCUGAGUCCCCCAAGACAGAAUCCCCGAAACCUGAAUCUCCAAAAGCUGAAUCCCCAAAAGCUGAAUCCCCAAAAGCUGAAUCCCCAAAAGCUGAAUCACCUAAAGCUGAAUCCCCAAAGACUGAGACCGCCAAGCCUGACGCUCCCAAGGCUGCUGAAGAGAAAUCAGAGAAAAAGAGCGACUCAACAGAAGACAAGAAGGUAGAAAAGAAUGAUGUUGCCAUGAAUGGCGAUAUAGACAAGAGCAGUCCAGAAGAGGAAGGGAAGAAGGACGAAGGGAAAGACGUUGACAUGGUCGCUAAUGGCGUGGACGAGAGCCCCGUGAAGGACGACGGCAGCCAGAAGGUGGUGAUCACCAAGACUGUGGAGACGAUCACCACUGGAGAAGACGGGCUCCAGCAUGUCACCAAGUCUAUCACCGUGACCGAGACUGUCAAGGAGAUGGAGGAGAUGGUACAGGAGACGCUGGUCUCCACCAAGAAGACGGAGAAGCAGUCCACCCAGUCCAUCAAGCAGGUGACCGAGGGCAACUGAGCGGACUCCACCAUGGCUGAUCCGGCAGACGAUGAGCAGUCUUAGCCGGCCGCCAGAGGGAGGGGACACGAAGACAAGCAAUCAACCCAGAACUAACAUAGCAAAGAAAAUCAUACAGCUAGAGCGACAUAAUAAAGAUAACCACUCUCAAACAUACAAAACACAUCAUAGAGAGAAGCCAAAACGUAAUCGCUACAAGUUUCAAAAAUGCAUGUUGUGUGAAAGCUUUAAAGAGGACCACGCUGCGGAUGCGGUCAGAAGCAAGAGACAGAGACAUUUAAUCCUCUUCUUUUUUAUUUCUUUCUGCAGUUCACGGGUGAGCUCACGGGUGGGGGGUCUCUGCAUACUAGCUCAGGGGAGGGGAGCACUUUCCUCUCUUAUCUGUAUGUAUGGUAGAAAUACACUGUAAAAAAGAGUUAAUAUAUAAAAGGAAUACACGCGAUAUGGGUGGGAAUGUGAGAUAUAUAUUAUUAAAAUUAAGAGGAUUUUUGAGUUUGAGUAAAAAAGGAGGGGGCAGGCAGCAGGGAAGGUCCUCGAUGUAGAUGCAUCCUCUAAUUAAGAAGCCUUACUUGACUUAUGAAGAUACCAACUGAGCCAAAAAAAAAACUACUAACAACAAAUACACAACAUGUAGUGAAGAAAGAGACGGGCAGCGAUAUGAUAAACACACGACCAUAUACAUCCAGUAACUGAAGCAAACUACAGCUUAACGAACCUGAAGAAACUCCUAGCCUUAAACAUGCUUUUUAUCACUGUCUGUUAUGUUUACCUGAGUGCAACUGAAAAAAAAAAAAUAUAUAUAUUAAACUGUAAAUGCGCAGAUUCAUGCAUUAUUGUAUGCAUAGGAUGGACUUGAAUUUAAAUACAGAAAUAAAUGAGGUGCUACUGUUUGCAAUCCCAUGACCUUACUCAACAUGAACGAUUUCCCAGCAGCAUUUGCUCAAUAAAUGUCAUAAUGAAUCAAAGAAAA